GGGGCCUGUUCUUAGCUAAUCAGCCUGCCAUUUUAACCGGGGGUGUGUGAGCGCCGGACGAGAGGCUUGACACGGGAGAGGUGUGGGAUGGGAGCAGAAAGAGGAGAGAAGGAGCGUCCAGCCUACAGUCCUGCCACAGCCGAGAAGAGCAGCAGCAUCGACUCACUGCGAGAAGACUGAGGAACCCGAGCCAGCCCGAGGGAGCACAGACACACCUGAAGGCCGCAAAGGACCACAGAGAUUGUAAAGCAGGAGGAAUAGUCUGACAGCUCAAACUCUUUUGUAAAACAUCUUGCAGCGCCCUUUGCACCGCUCAGCUCAGCUUCUGCAAGUGCUCUUAUACUUUGCGCAGCCUCCUGACAGAAACUGGCAUUCUUUAUGUUAAUGAUAAAUUGUUAUUAUUUACUCCUGUUCACCUACUUAAGCGAAGCAGGGGCUUGGCUGUGAAGAAUGUGCCCGCUGUGCAUGCAUGAGCCUCUCUAUCAGCGCCUCUGACGGUUUUGUGGAUUUCGGGGAACUCUUUUGACUGAUUGUUUGAUUUCUCACGAAAUCGGUUGAACUUUAAAGCUUUGAGAGGAUCCUAGUUCCAAUUUACUGGAAGAAAUUUUCACAUCCUUCCAACAUGCGAUCCAUCCCAUCCAGACUCUGCUAUCUGUUUCUACACUUAUUUGCAUUUUCCUACUAUGCUCAGGUAACCAAUCAGUCCCCGCCUAAUUUCACGCAGCAUGUAAGCGAGCAGAGCAAAGUGACGGACCGCGUGAGCCGCAGGUUGAUCCGGAUCUACCAGCUGUACAGCCGGACCAGUGGCAAACACGUCCAGGUUCUGCCCAACAAGAAGAUCAACGCCAUGGCCGAGGAUGGUGAUGUGCACGCUAAACUCAUUGUGGAAACGGACACGUUUGGGAGCCGAGUGCGCAUUAAGGGAGCUGAGACAGGCUUCUACAUCUGCAUGAACAAGAGGGGGAAGCUCAUCGGCAAGAAAAAUGGGCAAGGCAGAGACUGUAUCUUCACUGAAAUUGUUCUGGAGAACAACUACACAGCGCUGAGGAACGCCCGCUUUGAGGGCUGGUACAUGGCUUUCACCCGCCGCGGGCGUCCACGGAAAGGUUCGCGGACACGGCAGCACCAACGCGAGGUCCACUUCAUGAAGAGGCUGCCGAAGGGGCAGCAGGGCAACCACCCAAGCCACCACCGACCUUUCGAUUUCAUCCACUACCCCUUCAGUCAAAGGACUAAACGCACACGAUACUCAUCAGAGCACUGAGCGGGAGGAGGAAGAUAGAAAAGACAGAGAAAGAAAGAGGAAAAACUGACACGCUCCUCUGCUCCCUCAACAACCUCUAGAGACAUUUUAUACUGAGCAUUACUAUUUCUUAAUCUGUAGUUUGUUUUAUAUUUUUCUCACAGUAAAAACAAAAAAGAUGUAUAUAGACCAAAUGCUUGAGAAAUUUAUUUUUGUACUCUUUUAGUGUAAAAAAAUAGAAUGCAAUUUUGUUUAUAGAUGCAGAUAACUCCUUGUCUGAUCGAGAUUAUCUUAGUAGAGUGUGUUGUGUUGUUUCUGUUAUGUCAUUUUGACCAGUGGAGUCAUUUCUUGGACUCUCGCCUGCUGCUCAAGGAGACUUGAAGGGCCCUGAUUGACCGCACUGCCAGGGAACGUUGCAUUCUGAGGCUCAAGCUGUCACGCACUGCGCUGGAGAGCACCAGGGUCAGUAAAAAUUACAUAAGCACACGGUGAUAACACUGCAGUGUUUAAGCUUAUCGCUUGAUGCUGCACCCUAUUGGGAUUAUUCUGAUUCUUUCUCACACAGUUCAAGCAAACAGAGCUUUAACAGUGUCUGAUGAAACAAUGUGGCAGCUACAUUUGAUAAACACAGGUUUCCUGUUCUGACUGUAAUAUCAGUGUACAAGAUGCAUUGAUGUGUAAGGAUCCCCAUGACACAGCCACUGCCCCUCACCCUCUUGUGUUCUUGUUGCCCCUGAAUGCCUGUUUUUAAGCAUACAUAAAUAUAUUUUUAUUUGAGGAUGUGUAAAAUUAUUUUAAGGAUGGAAUAU